GUUCCUUCGAUUCGCUUGGAACUGAAGCAAAGCUGUUAGAUUUAUGGUCGCCAUCUAAACCCAACUCCACCUUCCUCUCUCUCUCUAUUUCUCUUCAAAACCAUCUACUUCAUCCACCAACUUGGUAUUAGUAGCAACCGAGGAAUUUCGAUCAUAACCCAUUUCCUGUUUCCAUCUGAAAAAUCCAUCUAGCAAUUCGUUCCCUUCUUUCUACUCCAGAACUCGAGCUUUUUUUGUAAAUUUAGAUUUUCUGUUUCUUGCGUGAAUGGCUGAUGACUCUACUUGUGCCCGGCUUUCAUCGAACAGGUCGGUUUGAUGAUUCAAUCUUAUGAUUUCUGUCCGAAGAUGGAGAAUUCAGCAAAUUCGAAUUCUGGGUUUUUUACAAUUCUGAUCCUGCGGUCCACCUGAUGAUUCAAUUGUAUGAUUUCUAUCCAAAAGUUGCUUUCUAAUUUCAGGUUUUCAUUCCACCUUCUAUGCUCUUUUGAAUCUCUUUGAGCAGUGUUUCAUGUAGAGUUGAAUACCUCUGCAAUUCAAUCCGUCCUCUGUAAUUCUGCGGGCAGCUUCUGAGCUGUUGGAUGUCGAUCCAACGGCCCAUUUUCAAUCACACCCAUGUUUGAGAAUUGAAUCAAUUCAAACCUCAAACACCCCCUGUUUCAUCCAAUGAAUACCCGUUAAUUCUUUCCGCCCGAGUCGUUGUCUAAUUCAAGUAUUCCAGUCUCACACUCAUCGCCAUCCCUAUCCAACGAAGAAGAUCUAACCGUAGGUAGCCGAAACGGGCAGCCCCGAUCCCUGCCAUUGUCGUUCUUGAUGAGGACAGUGAUGAGAAUUUCUAGAGCAAAAUGGUUCAGCUUCUUGAGGCGUGUCUUCCACUACCAGAACGGAUUGAGAUCCGAUCUGGGUUCGAAUCCUUUCAAUUCCGCAGCUUGGUUGGCAAUGGAAUUCGUCAUCUUGAUAGUCCAGAUAGCUGCCAUAACUGUCACCUUGGUGAUCUCUAGCAAGGAGAAUCCUGUUUGGCCUUUGAGGAUUUGGGUUGCUGGAUAUUAUCUUGGAAGCAUUCUCAGUCUCCCCCUUUUGUUUUGGCGGUAUCGACAUCCACAUGCGAGGAGCCAAGGCAAUGGAAUCAGCUAUGCCGCUGACGUCGAGCAACAGAGCAAUGAGGAAUCCAGCAGGAGUUCACACCUGAUGAACAAAUCUCGGACGUUCCUUGAGCUGUUCUUCGCGAUGUGGUUCGUGAUGGGCAAUGUCUGGAUCUUCGAUUCGAGACAUGGGACCUUCGAUCAAGCACCUAUGCUGCAUGUGCUCUGCAUUACCUUGCUUGUAUGGAAUGCAAUCACCUACUCCUUCCCUUUCCUGCUGUUUCUGUUGCUGUGCUGUUGUGUGCCGUUGAUCAGCAACUUGAUUGGAUACAACAUGAACAUGGGGUCCGUCGAGCGGGGCGCAUCCGACGAUCAGAUCUCACAGCUGCCCAAAUGGAAAUUCAAAGAGGUUGAUGCUGGCAACGGUGGUGAUUGCAAUCCUGCCAAUGCAAGUGAAAACUCAGAAUGCUGCAUUUGUUUGGCCAAAUACAAAGACAAGGAAGAGCUAAGGCAAUUGCCAUGUUCCCAUCUGUUUCAUCUAAGAUGUGUUGAUCAAUGGCUGAGAAUAAUCUCUUGCUGUCCUCUUUGCAAAAAAGAACUAGAGAAAUGACAGACAAGAGAGGUGCAUUUUCUUUUUCUUUUUUUCUUUUCUUUUUUCUAUAUUAUUAUUUUUUUAACCUUUGGUUGUCAAUAUGUAAGUAUUUCCACAGCUGUUGGGUUUGUAAUACUACUCAUCCACCAAUGUAUAGUUUGCUGAUAAGUGGGAUUUCUUGCAUGUAGGGUCCAUCUUUUGAUGAUCCAAACCAUUGAUAUGCAAGGCCUCACCUAAGAUUGGGGAUGGGUUGGAAACCUCUCAGAUUGAAAAAUCAUAUCCCUUAUUUGGCCUACAUGGACCUUUGGUGGACCAUCACUGCAUAUCUUCUCUGGACAGUUUGUGAUUUUUUAAUCUGGGAGGUUUAUGGGGCAAACCCUAUCCAUGGUGAGGCCAUGAUACAACUGAUUUGGACCGUCAAACAAUGGGCCCCACAUGCAUGAAAUCCUACCUUUCAUCAAACAGCACCUACUGGUUGCAAAAUACUUGUACAGAUUUCAAUUUCAUAAUGUGUACCUAAAGAGAGUUCUUACCUUUGGUUGUCAACAUGUUUUUUCCACACAAGACCUCGAGAAAUAAUAUGGUGAAGAAUUGAAAUUUAUUGUA